GAUCUGGCAUCUUUGAGGAAUUGUGUUGAAAUAUAUAUAAUAUUUACCAAACAAACUAUAAAAAAUUAAAAACAAGAAUGGUGUACAUACACUUUCCAAAUAACCUGACUGAGGAGGAACAGAUGCUGCAAGCGAAAUAUCAAAAAUUGAAGAAAAAGAAAAAGGCUCUGCAAGCCCACAAAGCGCCCAAACAGGAGCCGGAGAGCGUACUUACGUUGAAGCGUCCCACGGAUGCGCGUGAUGCGCGGGAAGUGGCACGCAAGCUGAUUAAAAGUGGUGCCAUUCCAGCGAUACAAAAACAACAAACCAAACAGGAUCAGACAUCAUUCAAACGGCCCAAGGGGCAGGAGCGAGCCAAACGCUCCACAUCCGAGACUACCGUGGCUGCCUACCAACCAUUCUCGUCCACCCAAAACGAUGUCGCUCAGGAGACAAUAAUCAGCGAAAUCAUAAAAGAGGAGCCACGACGUCAGAAUUUGUAUCAGCAUUUUGCCACGGAACGCGAUCGCGAGGAACGGGGCCUAACGGAAAAGGUGACACUAGAUGCCACACAGCCGGAAAAGCCACGUGCGGGAAAUACGAUCUUCGUAUCGGGCAAUAAGGUUACGGAGGAGUUCCUCAAGAAAACAUUCAACGAUUACGGCACCAUAGUCAACGUUUCCAUGGAAAUCGAAAAGAGUCGAGGAUUUGUUUCGUUUGCCAAGCCGGAAUCAGCAGAUCGUGCUAUUGCUGAAAUGCAUGGCAAGAGCAUCAAUAGUAUAGUUCUGCAAGUACAGCUGGCGCGUCGCCAGCCACAAAUUGAGCCCAUUAACGAUGCCUCAUCCUCAGCAGUUUGGUCCUCAAUUGCGGCCAGCAAAUCGCAGAAGGGCAGCCACAAAGACCAGCGACAAAUGGUCCAAUAUAAUGAUGAUUUCCUAAUGUAAUUCAGUAAUCUAAUUUUAUUUCCUCAUCAUUUCAUCCUUCCCCGAUCUUAUCAAACAAAAAGUCAUCAUAUUUAAAUAGUUUUU